UUCUCCGGGCCAUGAGCUCCUCCUAUCUCUCUAGUGGUAACCCUCAACUCACAGGCUUUUCGUUAACCGUGGUCGGCUGGAUCCUCCUAGGCGUCUCGGUGGGACAAGUGGAGUGGAGGUUGUGGCAUUUGGGCAACACAACUUCCAUCAUCCCCUCCGGCUCCGUUUGGGUGGGGAUCUUGAAAGUAUGCUAUUACAGCAGCGUCCGGCAUUCUCCUCGAAGGAGAACUUCCAAGGUCUGCCACACUUAUGGAAUGCGCAACUCUUUUCUCCCUGAGGAUUUUCGGGCUAUUCAGCACAUCCUUCUGCUUGCUUGCAUUCUGGGAGCCAUGGGAAAAGCCUCUCUGGUCAUUGGACUGAGGAACUUACACUUGGGAAUCGCUCGUAAGUCAACAGCCUGUAAUUCGUUCACUAUUGGAGGACUCUGUUAUCUGUCUGCUGGGAUCUGUGUCUUAAUUUCUGUACUCUGGAAUUUUAACGCAGUGUUUAAAAAUGAGGGUAUAAGCUUCCCUGCUUCUUUCCACAUUCCCCCCAGGCCAAAAGCACAGGAAGUCGGGACGGCAAUUUCUACAGCGAUUAUAUCUGUCAUCUUGAUGUUGCUCGGUGGGGCUUUUUUCUUCUUUUAUAAAUUUCCCGUGGAGUGCCCAGUACAUCCUUUGAUCACAGGACAAGAGAUGGAUAUCAGCUCCUGAAGCAUGAAAUUCCUGUGUGUUUUUGGCUCUGCAAAUAUUUAU